AUGUUCUCAACCCUUCAAUCGCCCCAUUUCUCUAACGUUCCCUUAAUUCUUUUUACUCUUUAUUUCACUCUCUUUUUACAUGUCUUACUUUUUACUUCUCUUACUCUUUACUUCACUCUCUCUCUCUCUUUAUAUCUCCUUCUCUUUAAUUCACCUCUCUCUUUACUUCACUUGCCCUUUUUUCACUCUCUCUUUAUCUCACUCUCUCUUUACUUAACGCUCUCUUUACAUCUUUCACUCUCUCUUUCUCUCUCUCUCUCUAUUUCUUUAUAUCUCUUUCUCCUUACUUCAUCAUCGCCAUCGCUCACUCUUUACUUCACUCUCUCUUCAUGCACUCUUUACCUCUCUCUCACUUUACUUCCCUUUCUCUUUACUUCGCUCUCUUCUUUCCACUUCACUCUUCGUUUAUUUCUCUUUUUUAUUCUGCAUACCCUCUUUACUUCACCCUCUUUUAUAUUUCAUUCUCUCUUUACUUAUCUUUCUAUAUACUUAUAUUUACUCUCUCUCUCUCUUUACUGUAUCCUCUCUUUACUUCACUCUCUCCUUACUCGAUUCUCCUUUUACUUUACCCUCUUUGUGCUUCAUUCUCUCCUUACUUCCUUCUCCCUUUAA